UCCCUCUAACCAUUGGCUGAUUAGUCCUCUCACCUUUACUGUCCUAAAUCCUAUCCCCAAAGGUAGCCUAGGCUCCUUCCCGUUACUGUUUUUUAUUUCCCUUUAAGAGCGUGAACGCUAUUCCUCUGCUGUCACAGCUUCUCCAAACCCUUUUCUGCCUUCAAAACUUUCUUCCUCCACGCCACAUUCAGCCAGAGGGGUUCCUGGGGUAUUUGCCUACCGUCCUGUUCGACGCCUUUCCCUCCCCUGAGAAAGCAUUGAGAAAGCGGUUUCUUUUGUACGGACACGGAAACUUCAAAAAUGGCCACGCCCACUGUGUCCUUUCCAGGUCUAAUUUUGUACAAAGUAGAUAAAUAGAACGGCCAUUUUUUCUCCCUACCCUACUGAGGUGGAUGUAGCCCGCGCCCAUGUUUGAUUUGAGUAAGCGCGAACUUUCGAAAAUUUGUGCAAUUUGCGCGGCACCGUUAGUGAAACUUCCAGCCUCACGGCGAAGAGGUUAAGGUGCCAUGAAAUGGAGUAGUUUCGAUGGCUUUUCAUCGUUCCGGGCCAUCUCUGACUAAAAAAAAAAAAAAUCUGACUACUGGAGCAAAAACUGGCGCACUGCCUCUUGUACGUCAGUAGUGAAAGAUGGCCGCCCCCAAGGAGCCAAGGCGAGGAUGGCGCGGUCUUAUUACCUCAUUCGGAAAUGCCGGAAAUCCAAUCGUCCUUGUUCCUCGACACACCUGGCGCUCUCGUCGGCCGCGGUAGACUGGAUCCAAGAGUGAACAAGCGGCAGAGGUGGAAAAAUUUCACGGAAGUGCGUGCAGUCUCCGGGAGGUCGCGGUGGGGUCACGAGGGAAUCAGCCCAUGGGUCCUGGCUCCAGGAGCAAGAUACAUCAAGGAAAGUAAAGAGAAGGUUCCAGGACCUGUGGAUCUUCAUUUAUGGGGGACACCCUUGACUGGAGGCAGAGGUCUCUAACCAGAAAAUUAGGGCAAUCAAGAGAGGCUAAAAACACACCAUUCUGGUUACUGGCAAUCUCAUGAUAACAGAGGAAAAUGAUCAGGAACCAGGAAUCACUGACAUUCAGUGAUAUAGCCGUGGAGUUCACCUGGGAGGAGUGGCAGCUCCUGAACCAUGCUCAGAAGGACCUGUUCCAGGACGUGAUGUUGGAGAACUAUAACAACCUGGUGUCAGUGGGGUUUCAAGCUGGCAAACCAGAUGCACUCUCCAAGUUGGAACGAGGGAAGGAACCAUGGGCAGUAGAAGAUGAAGUCCAAAGGCGAACUUGUUCAGAAAUGGAGAAAGUUGAUGAUUAUCAGCAGGGGCACUUGCAAAACCAAAGAUGUCUGAAGAGAGUGGAACACUGCCAGGAACAUAAUGUAUUUGGAAAUAUUGUUCAUCAGAGGAAAAGCCAUUUUCCUUUAAGGCAAAAUCAUGAUAUAUUUGGCUUAUGUGGGAAGACAUUCAAAUCAAAUUUAUGUUUAGUCAACCAGAGCAGAAGCUUUGAAAUAAAGGACCCUCGUGAAGCUAAUGGAGCUGGGAAAUCCAUUUUCCAUACUAAACAUGAACAAUUUCAUCCUGAAAUUAAAUUUCCUGAAUGCAGAAAACCCAUGAACACAAAGUCACAAUUUGUUAAGCGUCAAAGAACUCACAAAAUUGAUAAACCACAUGUAUGCAGUGAAUGUGGGAAAGCCUUCAUCAAGAAGUCUCGCCUCAUUGAUCAUCUGAGAGUUCAUACAGGCGAGAAACCUCAUGGGUGCAGCAUAUGUGGGAAAGCAUUUGCCAGGAAGUCCAGGCUCACUGAACAUCAGAAAAUUCAUAUAAGAGAGAAACAUUAUGCGUGCACUGAAUGCGACAAAGCCUUCCCCAAGAGAUCACAGUUAAUUAGUCAUCAGAAAACUCAUACAGGAGAGAAACCGUAUGUGUGUAAUGAGUGUGGAAAAGACUUCGUCAAGAAGUCUCGUCUCAUUAACCACCAGAGAGUUCACACAGGAGAGAAACCUCAUGGAUGCAGUAUAUGUGAGAAAGCAUUCGCCAGAAAGUCCAGGCUCAUUGAACACCAGAGAACUCACACAGGAGAGAAACCAUAUGAAUGCACAGAAUGUGACAAAGCGUUCCGAUGGAAAUCACAGCUCAAUGCACAUCAGAAAACUCAUACUGGAGAGAAAUCUUACAUAUGCAGUGAUUGUGGAAAGGGCUUCAUUCAAAAGGGCAAUCUCAUUGUACAUCACCGAACUCAUACUGGAGAGAAACCUUAUAUAUGCAAUGAAUGUGGAAAAGGCUUCAUCCAGAAGGGCAAUCUUCUUAUACAUCAACGAACUCAUACUGGAGAGAAACCCUAUGUAUGCAGCGAAUGUGGGAAAGGCUUCAGCCAGAAGACCUGCCUCAUAUCUCAUCAGAGGUUUCACACAGGAAGAACUCCCUUUGUAUGCACUGAAUGUGGAAAAUCCUGCUCACACAAGUCAGGUCUCAUUAACCAUCAGAGAAUUCACACAGGAGAGAAACCCUAUGUAUGCAGUGACUGUGGGAAAGCUUUUAGAGAUAAGUCGUGCCUCAAUAGACAUCGGAGAACUCAUACAGGAGAGAAACCUUAUGGAUGCUCUGAUUGUGGGAAAGCUUUCUCCCACUUGUCAUGCCUUGUUUAUCACAAAGGAAUGCUGCAUGCAAGAGAGAAAUGUGUCAGUUCAGUCAAGGUGGAAAAUUCUUUCUCAAAGAGUCAUACCUCCUCACAUACAAGUGAUCUCAUUCAGGAGAAAAACCCUGUUAAUACAGUGACAGUGCAGAUAUCUUCUGUGGUAGCUCAGACGUCAUUAAACAUCAGUGGGCUCCUAGCAGAUAAGAAUGUAGCCCUUUUGGGACAGCCUCUUGCCAGAUGUUCACCCUCAGAAGAUAAUACGUUUGUACAGGAGAGAGACCUUAUGAAUGCAGUGACUGUGGUAGUGCCUUCAGAGAUCAGUUACAUCACAUUUUAUGUCGUAAAAAAUACACAGGAAUAAACUGUGAUACAUUCAAACUGGAAAAGCCUUGAGUAAAGCCUACCUCGUAUGUGGUUGAUAAGUGCACACUAAGAGAAACCAUAUGAAUACAGAGACUGAUUGUGGGAAGAUAAAGCCCAUCAUCAGUGAUCAUCAUAGAUCAUCAGUGAGCUCAUAGUAGGAAGAUUUAUAAUGACCAUGGAAAAGCCCCUGCCCAGAAAUAAGACUUCAGUAGAUAUCAGAGAAACGCACAGGAGAGAAACUCUUGGAAGGUUGUGAAUAUGGCCGGGUUGUCCAUAGUUCAUUCUGUCUCAUCAAUUUUCAGAAGAAAUUAUACAGAAAUGAAACUCUGAGCACAUUAACUGGAACAUCUUCAGCAAAAUAUCAGAGAACUCAUGAAGGAGAGGAGCUCUGUGAAAAUGAUGAAUGUUCUGGAGAUUUCUGUCACAAGUUUAACCUCAUUAUACAUCAGCUAAUACACAUGAUGUUCAUUUUAGAACAAUAUACAUUGAAUCACGCUCCUAGAUGCCAUGUCAGUGACUACUGUAAUUCAAAGGAGGCAGUCUGUGUUUCACAUCACUGGUUAAAGCUUUAGCAUAUAAAAUGAUCCCCCCAACUUCCUUUUUUUGAAUGAAUCUUCUGUGCCCACUAUGAUGCGAUAGAUCACUUUUAUAUGGCCGCUCUUGCCAUGGUCUUGUAACUCCCACCAAAUGAUUGGGUUGUUGUUGUUAGGUGGUAUUAGGUGGGUUCUGACACAUAGCGACCCUGUGUACAACAGAACGAGACACUGCCCAGUCCUGCACCAUUCUCAGUUGUUGCUGUUUGAGACCAUUGUUGCAGCCACUGUGUCAAUCCAUCUCAUCGAGGGUCUUCUUUUUUGCUCUCUACCAAGUAUGAUGUCUUCUAGGGACCAGUCCCUCCUGAGAACAUGUCCAGAGUACAUAAGACGAAGUCUUGUCAUCCUUGCUUCUAAGCAUUCUAUAAGUACUUCUUCCAAGACAGAUUUUUCAUUCUUCUGGCAGUCCGUGGUAUAUUCAAUAUUCAAUACCCUUGGGGGUUUGGGACUGUGCAAAUAAGGUGUAUGGAACCAUAAUGAGGGGAUCGGUCAGUUUUGCCAUCCUGCUAGGCUUAAAAAGACCGCCAGUCUCAGAGCAGGAGGGACCUCACUACCACCAAGAAGAAGAAAAGGGAGCAAUGCAUGUCCUUCAGACCCGGGGUCCCUAUAAUGAGAACCUCCUAGACCCAGAAAAUAGAGAGCCGUAACACUGGAGACAGCACAAGAUGGUGAGAAGCAGUGGCAGAGACACAGCGGCAGAACCAGCCCGUGGAGUAAGGCAGCUACAGUGGGCAAGAGAGCUGAGUGCCUUUGGACAGGAGGCUUAUCGGCGGCAUGGGGUGCUUCUGGGCACCUGUCAGGGGAACUAGGCUUGCUGACCCAUGAAGCGAGAGCUGAGCGCCUUUGGGCUGAGGCUUAUUGGUGGAGUGGGUUACCCCCAGGCACUUACUGGCAGAGCUAAAGAGCUUUGUAACACUUGCCUGAGCUGGGCAGGGGUCAGGCUGAGAGGCUGAGGGCCAGAGACAGGCCUGCCUGGAGGCACUGCUGAGAAGCUAUACUGAUUGAAGAAUGGUAUCCUGAGGCAUUUCUGAUCCUGAAUUGUAACCCAUUACUUCCCUAAUAAACCCCAUAACUGGGAGUAUGGUCUCU